AUGGAAAACCACUGCCUGAUGUGUGACCGGCCAGAUAAUGCCGACAAUCUGGUGCAGUGCGACAAAUGCGAUGGAUAUGUGCACUUUUCCUGUGCUGAUGUGGGUGAAUCGAUUGCCGAUGCAGAUCGGAGUUUUACCUGCAAGAAAUGCGUCGAAAGCGAAGAGGCUGUCACUAUAUCGUCACAACACACCAGCAAACGCUCCCACGCAUCGUCGAGAAGUAGCAUCAGUGCAAGGCGGACGAGCUUGCGGUUACAGCAGAUAGAAACGGAUCGUCAAAACCGCCUGAAGGAGUUAGAUGAUGCGGAGAAGUACCAGAGAAUGCGUCGUCAAGUGGAAGCUGAUUUUGAUAAGCAGCGUUUCCAGGUGCUCGAUGCACAACAGGAAGAGGUCGAACAGCGCAGCACGAGGAGCAGAAGCCAGCCUGGAAGUUCACCUCAACCUGUUGACAUGGGAACUCAUCGUAUCGAGGGUUCAGCAUUGCAGCGAACGGGACUCGCCGCCGAAUCUAAUGACACACAAAUGCCGUCGCAAGUGUCAUCAAGCAUCGUUACAAGACCGCAGGAAGGAGGUGUUCCUGUUACCACCAGAUCCCAGUUGGAUGUUUCGAUUCCGGCAGCUGUCACAGCAAUAGUUAGCGUAACUGAUGGCAAUCGAGUCGAAUUAAUAAAUCCAACGCAUGUCAAUCCUGUUGUUAACCAGGUGAGAAAAGGUGGUAGGAAAACUAAGGUAGAUGAAAUAGUCAACACUAGCACUCCGAAACAAUCGCAUGUAGUAACGAACGAAAAUGUAAAUCAAACCAGCCAGUUAGUAGUUACGAGUAGCAAAAAUGAUUACAUUGAGUCAGCAUGUUUGUACACUACUAGUCGAAGUCAAUUUCCACAAACUGUUCACUCAAAUACAAAGCCUGCAGAAGGUGCUCAUGUUACCGCGUCCCUUGGGUCAGUGCUUAAACCACCGUCGGGGCACGGGCAAGGUAUCGAUCUCCAUCCGUCCUUGUUUCCUCCACCAUCGGGGCGCAUACAGUUCGAUGUAUCGAAUUCGUUGAAACCUCCACCACCGUCAGGGCAAAAGCAAAAUGUCGUAUCAAAUCCACUAUCGGCGAUGAAAUAG